UUCUUUUGCUAAAAAAUGUGCGGGAAUUGUGGUGCGGGGCUUGCAAAACUUAUCGCUAAAAAAGGCACAUCGUGGCGUACGUACGGUCCCCGUGUAUGUGUUCGAUGUGUGCGUGCGUAUGACGAGCAAAAACUGUGCACGUCGUAAAUUCCUCUAUCGCUCUAUCGACAUGCGAGCACGAGUUUCUGUGUGCUCGUCGAGUCUUUGACAGUGACGACGAGAGGAAAAAAAAAUUCGUGUUUAAAUAAGGAAGAAAUUCGGGCAAAAUUACGAGUAAUUGCGUCGCAAAAUGUCGCUCGAGUGAUGGAAAAGUGGCGAAACACGCGCUUUAAAUGACACGAGAAGAAUUUUACGAGUUUUUAGAUUUGUCAGGCGUGGACGAUAGUGAAAAGGAUGAAUUAAAGUCAACGUUGUACGAUAACAACGGAAAUAGCGGUGUCGAUAGCGUCGGCAGCAGCAGCAGCAGCAACAGUAGAAGCAACAAGAGUGUACGCGGCAUCGGAAUUGUGAGUCCCGGCAAUCAUCGGGGCACAUCGCGUGGCGGAACGUACGUGGCGACAAAUCAAAAUCGCACUUUUAGACCGUCAACGACAAAUUACGGCGCCCAGCAGGCCCAAAAGAACGUAAAUCGCCCAAAACCCACGGCUUGGGUAACAAAUCGCAAAUUUCAAGGUAACGUGACGACGCAGCAGCAGCAGCAAAACCAAGCGCCGCCGUCGAAAAACGUUGUUGUCGCCUCGAAGCGAUAUGCUUAUCAGCAGCAACAACAAAACCCGCAACAACCACAAGUGAAUCACAAAAGCGGUAACAAUAAUUGUGGCGAUACGAGUUCAUCGACGACUACGACGGAACACAAUCAAGGCAGAUCGACGGCGACGACAACGACAACAAAUAAGAGAAAUUAUGAUGUGAAUAGUGACGGGACGGCAAAAACGGCAGCAAAUCGUCGUGCAAAUAGUGCAAAUAGUAGCUACUCCACUGAAUCCGUUGAUUAUAGUUGUGAUGAAACGAGUUACGCAACGAGCACACCCUUAUCUGCCACCAUUGAAGAGGUUGUUAUGCCAAGAAUCUUAACGCCGUUAGCGACUAUUCCUUUGUAUGCCGUCGUGAAACCAACAUUAGCAGCUACCGCAAUCUUACAGCCGAUAAUUCAGCCACAAACGCCAGCAACGUCAACAAAUACUGCAUCAUCAUCGCCGCCGACAACGAAACAAGUACCCGAAUCAUCAGUGAAUAGCGAAUGUGCUGAAAUCCAUACCGAAAGCGAAGAGCAAAUUCAUCAAAUCCAGGCAACGCCGAUAGAUCCGCAGCAGUUGAACACUUUUUCGCCCGCAUUACCGCCCGAAUCGCCGUCACAAAUGAUCAACAAUCCAAAUCAUCCGGGAGCCAUGUCUCAGAAUCAGCAACAGCAGCAAGCACAGCAACCGCCGCAAUCGGCGCCAACAUCACAACAGCCCCUUUUCAUGAAUCCCCAUGCACCGUACAUGUAUCACAUGCCAAUGAUGCCCCAGCCGGGCAACGUUUUCGUGAGUAAUUUGACGGCAAACGUGAAUGUUCAUGGCUUGAUGCAAUCUGUGCAGCAUUAUUUGCAACCUGCUUAUGUGCCGGCGCAAGAUGUCAACGUGCAAAAUCCGCAUGUCGAUGGGCAGGGACAACCGCAGCAGCAACAACCGGGACAACCGCAAUCGCAAGGCACGCAACAACCGAUGAACAAUCAGAUGCGCGGACAAAAUCGUCGAGGUCGUGCCCGUACCAACAGCAGCAAUUCGCAACGUCGUGAAUUCGUACCGCGCGGCGGAAAUGCCCAACAACCCGAAGUAAUUCCGCAAGUUAUCGAUCCGCAAGCACAAAUGAUCGCCGCGCCGCCCGGACCUCCCUACCAAUAUUACGUUCAAUAUCCGUAUUCGUAUGCGCCGCAAGGACAAGCUGGAGUUCCGCAUCCGAAUGCGCAUCCCGCGACAACUCCUUUGUACGUUCAACAUUUGCCGAUGUACGCAUCGCCCAUGUACGGCUAUCAGCCCGUUUUCCCGAUCAUGCAGCCCGAAUAUAUCGUCGAUGAUGGCGGCAAAGUCGUUGAUGAGCAAGAAAAUGUCCCGCAAAUGUGGUCUCCGAAUCACGAAUAUCAAGAUCCGCAUCAAAUGCAAGAUGGACAAGUGCAAAUGAGUCCCGAGGAAUAUCAGCAAAUGCAACAAACGCCCCAGCAGCAAGAAGAACUUCUCAUUGCGGAACAAGAAUUGAACCAACAAACCGCUCAAAUUCAAAUUCAUCAUCAAACGAUACCGAUGCCACAUCCCGGGAUGCCACAUUCUGUCUUGAAUCCAAAUGUGCCUAAUUUCACGGUUGUCAAUCAGCCAGUUGCGGUUCCCGUCGUCGCUCCCGUUGCCGUACAAGAAGUCGUUCAGCCUCCAUUGCCCUCACAACAGCCUCAUUUCGCGAAUCCCGCUCCUCAAGCGCCGUCCCAAGACUUUGCGAUGGCUCCGCAGGGCAGUAUUUCGCCCAUUGCUGUUGCCCAAUCGUACGCCAAUGUGAAUCAGCAUCUCGCAAUUGCCACAUCAACGAACGAAAAUAACGAACAAACGUUUAUUCAGCAAGCGCAGCAAGUUGUCGUCAUCAAAACUGUCACGCAAAUCGAACAUGAGGCAGCGGCAAAUGAAAAUCUCGUCGCGAACGUUGAUGAAUUCGUACCCGCAACCAAUGAUGUAGUCAAAACAAACAAAGUUCCUUCAAAUGUACAGCACCAACAACCGUCUCCCUUACCUCAGCGUGUCCGUGACACUGCACAAAAUCCCCCGCACAUCAAUGCGCCGCCCUUCGUACCGCAAAGUUUGACAAAAACUGUCUCUUCGGGCUCCCUCACUUCCACGUCGUCGUCGUCAAAUGCGCAAUCCUUGUCGCAAGACAUCCCCAAUGCCGUGCCAAACCAAGUCACUAGUUCUAGUAGUAGCGAAAAGCCUAAAGAGAAGCCCGUUGUUGCCAAGACUGAUCGUUUCGGCGGCGCCAGCAACGCAAAAGUCGUCGAAUGGAAUACCAGCAAGAAAAAUACCGCCUCCGUAUCGGUUUCAGCGGUUCCCGCAAAGCAAGAAACAUCAAACAACAAGACAGCGACUGUCAAUCCAACGGUUAAUGCCUCACAAGUUGUCGUCAAAACGCCUGCCGUUCCCUUCAAAACUGGAAAUACGUCUCCCGUGCCAAGCAAAUCGACUACCGUCGCAAUUCCCGUAGCUGCGAAGAAAGAAGAACUCAAAACUGCACCCGUUAUCGUGCAAGAAGUCAAGAAAGUCGAACAACAAAACAAAGAAGUCACCGCUAACGUUACAGAAAAGAAGCAAACUUUGUCACUUGCGCCUCCGCCGCCGCCUGUCGAUGAAAAUAAACAAGCUCCUGCCAAAUCGUGGGCAAGUCUCUUUGCGGGAGGUGCUCCAAAACCAGCGCCAUUGCCAUCAGCUGCAGUAUCGGGACUGGAAAUGGCUUCGAAAAGACCCAUUGCGAAAGUUUCGCCCUUCGAGACGAACGCUACAAGUCCAAAUUUGGGCGCGCAAUUUAUGCCAGCGACACAAGUGAAGCCAACGACAGAGAAAAAACCCGUCGCCGACGAAUAUUCACUCAAAUUGUCGAAUUUCCUGCAAAAUUACAAGAUUGACAAUAAUAGUAUCAGCAUUUGCCCACGCGGUUUGAUCAAUCGUUCGAACUAUUGUUACAUAAAUGGCAUUUUGCAAGCGCUUGUUUCGUGCCCGCCGUUCUAUCACUUGAUGCGCGACAUGCCAAAGUUGUCCAGUUACAAAACGAAGGGAUGUACGCCGAUUCUUGAAGCGAUGCAAGAAUUGAUCACCGAAUUCCAACCGAGAAAGAUAAUGCGCGAGAAAGGCACCCACGUGAAAGACAUCGAACUCAUCACAGAUACGCCCUUCGAGCCAACCGUCAUCUACAAGAUGCUAAAUAACAUCCGUUCUGAAAUCUUCCAUGUUGAAGGUCGUCAAGAGGAUGCCGAGGAGUUCCUUGGAUGCGUCUUGAACAAAUUAAAUGACGAAAUGUUGGAGAUCAUAAAAUUGACUGACAAACCAGCAGUUGCCGUCAAACAACCCACAACUGUCACGAAAAAGGAGGAAAUCGUGAAUGGCGAUCACAAUGGCGAAGUUAAUCCCGAUGCGGAUGGCGAUGAUUGGCAAGUGAUUGGAAGUCGUAACAAAGGUACCAUCACUCGUACAACCGAUUACGCUCGCACCCCAAUUAGCGACAUUUUCAGAGGAAAACUUCGUAGUCGCGUUACGCGUGAAGGAGAUCACUCCACAGACAAUAUUCAGCCGUUCUUUACGUUGCCACUCGAUAUUGAGCGUGCUACCUCCGUUAACCAAGCUUUAGAUUUGCUCGCGGGACGCGAUCCAUUGGAGGGCAUCACAAGCACCAAAACGAACCAAGAAGUCACGGCAUGGCAACAAGUCACCAUCGAAGAAUUGCCCGUCGUGCUCAUUUUGCAUUUGAAAUGCUUCGAUUACAAGCAAGACGGCUGCACAAAAAUCACAAAAUCUCUCGAGUUCCCAGUUGAGCUGAAAAUUGAAACAAAACUCAUGUCCAACAAGACGAAAUAUUCGCAAAAGCAACGCACCUACAAACUCUUCGCCGUGGUCUAUCACGACGGCAAGGAGGCAUCCAAAGGACAUUAUUUGACAGACGCUUUUCACAUCGGUUACAGCAGUUGGAUCCGCUACGACGACAGCAGCGUCAAACUCGUGAACGAUAAUCAAGUCUUGAAGCCAAUUGCGCCACGCGUACCUUACCUCUUGUGUUACCGUCGUUUCGAUACAAUUAAUACAGCACAAACAAACAACAAUAACAACAACAACAACACGAAUUCAAACAAUAAUAACAAUAACAAUAGCAGUUCGCAGCAACAACGGAACAACUAUCAUCAUAAGUAAACCCCGGAAUGUGUGUCAAAUAUAAUAUUUUUUAUUUUUUAAUUGUGGUGAUGAUGAAAUGAACUAAGAGUGAAUUUAAACCAAAACAUUAUUAUUCAAAAAAAUCUAUAUAUAGAUAUAUAUAAAAAAAAUUGAAGUACUAAGAAUAUUAUUUUACUAAAAAAAACAAUAAAAGGACACUCGUGAGUGAUAGAAAAAAAAAUAUUAAAAAACUAAUACGGAAUAUAAUCAAAAAAAAAUUGGAUUUCACGGAUUUUAUGUUUACAUUUGAUGAUAUUCUUUUAUAAUUGAUAAGCGUUCCACUGUAAUCGUUAAACUAUUAUUAUUAUAGCCAUAUUUUAUUAAUUAUUAUA